AUAUUGGGUUUCUUAGGUUUCUUAGUAAUAUUUACUAGAGACAUUCUGACAACUGCCCUAAGACCGCCAUCCCCACUUCACUUGGGCAUAAAUUAAGAAGAAUUCCACACUUAUCGCAAAGAAGCGUUGAGAACCACGUCGCUCCUAAGUUGUCGUUAAUACGGCACACGACUUAUCAACGCCGCACUUUCAAAUCGGACGCGCUGUGCUGACGUGGUGGUUGCCAAUAAUUCCACACUUUAAAAUAAUUAAUAAUAAAUAGAAACAUGCUGAUCAAGGCGCUUAUCCUUUUCGGACUGCUGGCCUUGGCUCAAGGAUACAGCUUCACUUCCCGCGAGGUCAAGUGCCACGUGUGCAAGGCCGUCGUAACGGAACUGGAGGAGGCAAUCGCUAAGGAGGAUAGUCAUAAAAUGGCAGAUGUUAGCGGAUUCCGCCUGGAUGCCCAAGGAAAUUCGAUCAGCAAGAAAGUGCGCCUGAUAAAAUCCGAGAUGUAUCUUACCGAAUUGAUGGAGAAUAUCUGCGAAAAAAUGGACGACUACCUAAAGGCGACCUACAAAAGCAAUGGUAAAUUCACACUCCUGAAGAUGAUUAUCAAUGGCCAAAUGAAUCCAGACUCCUCGCUGGUUGACUUUGUACAAGAUGGCGAUCUCAACAAGAGCCUGGGUCACUUUUGCAAUGAGGUGCUGGAGGACAACGAUGAGAUAUUCCUAAAAGCCUUCCAGGCCGAUGAACUAAGCAACGAUUUGGAUAUCAAGAUCUGUUCGGAACAGGCAAAGUACUGCGACGAUUCGCCCGUCCAGGAGGAGUACGACUUCGAUGGCAAGGAGGAGUUGUAGCUUGUCCAGUGAUAGCCUAGUCAAUUAACGAAUUUCCUUGAUCGCCGCCAGUGCUGAUCUUCGUACUGAUUUUUCGAACGAAAAUUAUGUUUAGUUAAAGUAAUGAAACCACCAUGCCAAUUGUUAACAAGUAGAUACGACAAUAAAUUUCAUGUGCAAUGUCCUUUAAAUUUUA